ACACAAGACUCUGUAAAUCAUUUUUUUCAUCACAGCCUGUCCCUAAGUGCCUCUUCCUGGCAGGUGAAUUUGCAUAUUUCUGUUUGCUUUAUGUAGAAGGAAUAGUAUAUACUUUAUUUUACUAACAAUCUGGCUCUCUGCCAGUUGGAAGGUGAUAUCUUUAACAUAUAUGUCAUAUAAUGGUUUCCAUUCACUUUCUAAGUUACAGACAGACAUCUUUUAACAGUGUGGGUCACAUUUUCACAGGUGAUGAAAACAUACCAUAUGUAUCAUGCAGAGAGCAUCAGCGCAGAGAGCAAGCUGAAAGAGGCUGAGAAACAAGAAGAGAAGCAAAUUGGCAGAUCCAGUGACCCAGUCUUUCAUAUUAGACUGGAAGAGAGACAUCAGCGGCGAAGCUCUGUGAAGAAAAUUGAAAAGAUGAAGGAAAAAAGACAAGCAAAGUAUUCAGAAAACAAGCUAAAGUCGAUUAAGGCACGGAAUGAAUAUCUCCUAACCCUUGAAGCAACCAAUGCCUCAGUUUUCAAGUAUUAUAUUCAUGAUCUUUCAGAUUUAAUUGAUGUAAGUACUUGAAGUUUUUAU